UAAUACGAAAAUGGUGAUUGGAGAUGUUUAUGGUAUCUUUGAUUUAAAAAUUAGCGUGUGAAAUGUGAAUGAGAAACAUUUUCGAUUAGCAGUGUCUCAACUCUCAUACUUAAACUACACAAUAAAAUAUAAAUCCUUAAAUUCUAAAGUUUUCAAAACAAGUCGUUGCUGUUCAGUACGUUUAUUUUAUUGUAUAGUUUGUCACAGUCAGAAAAUGGAAGAAAGAGAUAAAAUAUUUAGCGCUCCCGCUUUUACAACGCGCGCCAACAACAAAUUCCUUGGUAUUGAUUUGUUUACCAGGAUUGGGAUGGGAGAAUUGGAUGUUGUUCUAUAUUAUUAUACUACAUAUAUCUCGACAACCUUGUCAAGACUGAAAACGAUUUGGAGAUAAUAAUCGUACCUAAUUACCACCUUCCGUGUUGAGGUGUUUAUCAGUUAAUCGUGCCAGGCAAAGUUUAGCCCCUGGAAGUUUUAGGGGUCUUUUAAGCUUAAUUACCUGUGUAGCGAGACGUAUUAUCGAUUGCAAAGUCCUUCCGUGAUUCGACACACUGGAUAUACGAUCUUGUAACUUGAUAAGAAUAAAAAAAUGUGCAGUGAGACUAAAAUGUGUGUCAGUUGUACGGAUAUCACGAUGCAAAGAUUUAAAACUGCGUAUCGUACUUUGGUGAAAGUGAUGACUAGUUAAAAAGUAUUUUAGAGAAGAAUAUUUACCAGUCAUGUAUGGGAUGUUGCAAACUGUUUAUCAGGCGAGUUCUACGGCAUGGAAGGCGGUAAGCUGGAGGUUAUGCCUCCUGGGUUGGUCCAUCUGGACACUGUAAGAGCCUUGCAUCAGACUGUAGUCUCUCUUCGCACUGCCUUGGAAUUGUCUAAGAGUGAACUAAAGGAAUUGAAAGAAAAGUACAAAGAACAGUCACGGUGUUUAGAACACACAGAUAUUAUAGAGCAGCUAACUAUUGAAAAUCACAUUUUAAGAAGGAAAAUUAUUGAUGGUGAUAGUCCACAAAACAUUAAUUAUUCAAACAGUCCCAAUGUCGAAGAAUAUAGCGAUGUAUAUAUAAGAACAGCUACUGCUGAGGGUAUAGAAGACAUAGAACAAUCACAAGAACCCCAAUUUGACAAUAAGCUAGAGGAAAUUAUUGAAGAGACCUCUAUAUCAAAUCAAUCGGAGACAUCUGAAAAUAAGGAAGAGCCAAAAAGUGAAGUAAAAGUAAUAGAUAAAGCAAAUUUUAAAACUAAACUAGAACUAUUAUCAAAAUUUGAUGUGAAAAUUAAAGUAACAACUUUAAAAGAAGGUUUGUCUACAACUACCUCUGAAACAGAUUCAACAAUUGAAGAUAAAGUUAAUCCAACUGCUGAUACAGAAUUUGAAGAAAAGAGAGAACAUUUUGAAAAGUUUGAAACUCCUAGUGGUGAUAUAGUGAAUAUUAGGACUGUGUCAAGUGAGAAUAUAAAAAUGGCCGUUCCCAGUGAAGCAGAUAGCAAAAAAGAUAAAUUUGAUGUUCAGGUGAAGAUCACUUCAGAGGAUAAUGUCGUUGUUAAAGAGACUACGGAGAAAGCCAAGAGAAAGGAGACUUUUAACUUAGAUGUGGAUACUUUGAGUGUCAGAUCAAUGUCAGAAGGAGAUAACUCAGUGUUCUCUGAAGGGACUACACCAAUGGAGAACAGUGCUCUUGAUGAGAAGCAGGAUCAAGAAAAUAGUGGGAAUGAGUCGGAAGAAGUUGAUGAUAUAGAACUGAUAUUUACCACAGACGAGUCUAAGGAUAUAAGUAAUUUACAGGAGGAUCUCGUCUCGAUACGUGAUUCAGAUCACUGGACACCCGGUUCAGCGUCAACCCACUCGACUCCAGUGCUGAUAAAAUUCCAUACCCUCGAUCCUGACUUUCAAACUGGCCCAAUGGCAGCCAAUAAGAGCUUUGGCAAUAUCGACCAACUGAGAAUGAAGAGAGUCUCUCUGCCGAACGAGAAAGAAUUUAAACAUAAGGGAAGUUUAGAUUUGCCUGGACGCGGUAUUUUGAAAAGUUUUAACAAUAAGUCCGAUAAUAUGUUGUAUAGAAGAAGUCCAAAUGCCAGUACUAGGAGAUUGGACAGCGUGGGGAGUUUGGACCACACAAAGUCCUCCAGCUUUGAAUUAGGUUCCAGUAUGGAUAUACUUCAUCGUGAAGCGAGUGUGGAUAGUGUUCGGUCGAGAUUUGAUAGAUUCUCAGUGUUUGGGGAAACAGAUAUAUCGAAAUGUGGUAUUUCUGAAGAUGAUUUGGCUGCGAAUCUCAAUUCGAGGAGGAACACGUGCCCCAACCCGUAUCAGUACAGAUUACAACCAUCCCGUUUAUCAUCACGCACACAAAAACCCAUUGCUGGACGGGUACGACCCAUCCUUCGUGAAAGUUAUGGACCGCGCAGAGAGGGCUCCGCUCAGACGGACAUGUCCGCCUUACCACCUCGAUGGACCUCAGAUGGAUAUCUUGCUUAUAAGAUGUCCCCUCCACCCUGCGUUGUGACAACUUUGCCCCAACGAGCCAGUCCCGCCCGACGUCUCACGAUACCAGAGAAAGCUCCCAUCCAACGCCGUUCUGAUGAAGCGAGGCGGGUUCUACUAAGUGACAUAGGAUUCACAUCAAUGGUACCAGAAUUGUCACGCUCUGCUGAACCAUUGUGGACUCUACGAAGAGCCCAACAAUCUUCAGAUAACAGGUACACCCGUGGUUCGUACCGUUCGCCGAGUGCGAGUGUAGAGCGAAGUUCAGAGUGGACUCCGCACCAGCGUCACACUUCACGAGGUGAGUGUAUGUCUUGGCGCGGAUCUCUACCGGAUGUUCGGGAUGACACAGAUACUCUCCUCCGCGAUACUGAGACAUUCCUACGUCGCUCCAUUGACAAUUUGCGCUCUACGUCACUCGAUCUGGACGCACAUUUUGAUAGAACUGGUCAGCCGUACAUCCCCGGUGAGCCGAAACAAUUGCGCUUGGGGCAUACUGUUAAACUCAUAACUCCGCAAGGCAGAUUGGCUGUAGGCAGAGUCAGAUACGUGGGCAUAGCCGGUGGAACUGCCGCCAACAGUGGCAUUGUUGUAGGCGCUGAAUUCUCCUGUAUGGAGUAUCCGGGACUUCCCCGUAACGACGGUACAUACCGGGGCAGACGAUACUUCCUUACUCCACCUCAAAAUACAGCCGUUUUUGUGCCAUUCUCUAAAAUAGUAAUGGCGUGGGCUAAUUAAAAUCAUAUUUGCAUUUGGCAUCGAUUCCGGAUCGAAGGACCAUCACUUUUUGAAUCCGAACAGGAUUUUGUAAGUAUGAAAAUUUCAUAAUAAAUGGUUGAAUUGGUAUUUUAAAAUCUCAGAAAUUGACUCCCUUAUAAAAAACUAAAGAGCUCAUAUUCGUCUGCCAAAUCGUGUAAGACAAGAGUGCUUUAAGUAAUCAAAACUUAUUUUUUAUAAGGGGUACUAAAACUAGCGGACCCGAUAGAUGUUGUCCUGUAUAAUAUUUUAAGCGAUUAGGAUAUUAAACAAAGUAUGAAAUUACCGACUGCAGCGCCAUC